AUGGAAACUGGAGAACCGUCACUACCAAAAAAAGCUAGAGCUGGAUAUCUGCAAUGGACAUCUCAAGAGAGUCAAUUGUUGAUGCGCCUUCUAGUUGAUGGUAUCAGGCGGGGAUGGCGUGAUUCAAAUGGCUCCAUGACCAAAACAACAGUCGAGGCGAAGAUAUUACCGGUUCUAAACAAACAGCUUCGAUGCAAUAAGAGUUACAAGCAUUACACAAAUCGAAUGAAAUCUUUGAGAAAAGAAUAUAAUGGUUAUGCUGAGCUUUUGCGAUGUAGCUCUGGUUUUGGCUGGGACCCUAUCACAAAACGAUUCACAGCUCCAGAUGAAGUAUGGAAAGAAUAUUUUAAGGGACAUCCAAACUCUGAAAAUAUGCGGGACAACACUUUUGAAGAUUUUGAAGACUUACAAAUCAUUUUUGAAAGUGCUACAGCAAGGGGAAACAACUCAUUUGGACUCGGUGAUGAUGCAAAUGCUGAAGCUUUUGAAGUUGAGAAUGAUUUUCAAGAAAAAGAAGAUGAGAUUCAUACAGAGAAUGUCUAA